AUGCCUCUUGCGGCUAAGGAGAUCAUUUACUCCAUGAUUGUACAGAAAAUUUUAGACGUUGUCAUUUCCAUGAUCCCAUAGAUAUUGCCUACGUCAGAUCCCACUGGACGAGUAGGUUUUUGGCCAAACCAGGAACAAAAACUUGAAAUGAUACAGAGCCACCUGUCUAUUGUACUUGGAGUACGACUAGUCUGCCCCCUUGAGACCAUUGUAGAAAUUAGCAAAGUCAAACUUUGAAAGCUAUUUGCUGCUUCUAUACUGUAUGGAUAUUUCCUCAGAAGAGUUGAUCAGCGAUAUCAGCUUGAGAGAACCAUGAAUACCCUUCCCAAGGGAUUUGAUAAAGACCGGGCAUGGUUUGAAGAUCUAAGUCCAGCGAAACCGCUUUGGGGUCCAGAAUCUUUGAUAAGGAUUGUGCCUGGUGAUAGCGGUUGUCCUGAUGGGGGUUCGGAUACUGGUGAAGAAAAAUCAUAUAGACUGAGAUCCUAUGUGAUGAACUUAUAUGUGGAGACACUGGAAAGAUAUGCAACUUUAAGAUCCAAGGAAGCUAUUUCUUUGAAUGAAAAGCAGGCUAAAGCACUUUCUGGGAGGCCAGAUAUAAGGAUUGCUGAGAAUGGUUCCAUUGAGACGGCUAAUGAUGAAGUUGUCUCAAUCACAUUCUCUGGACUUGCUAUGCCGGUCCUGGAGGCGGUAGCUUUUGCCUUUGGAUCAUUCCCGUGGGAUGCAGAAAGCGAUGUUGAAUCAAAAUACCAUGUUUUGAACAGUUAA